GAUGCGGGGGCGGAGUUAUUGCCCGGGAGCCGCUGCGUGAGGUCCCGGAGGGGCCCAGCUCCGCGGAAGCCGGAAGUGGCUUGUGACGGGCACUGGGAGCAGUUCCGAUGACUGUCCACAACCUGUAUCUGUUUGACCGGAAUGGAGUGUGUCUGCACUACAGCGAGUGGCACCGCAAGAAGCAAGCGGGGAUCCCCAAGGAGGAGGAGUACAAGCUGAUGUACGGAAUGCUGUUCUCUAUCCGCUCGUUUGUCAGCAAGAUGUCCCCGCUAGACAUGAAAGACGGCUUCUUGGCCUUCCAAACUAGCCGUUACAAACUCCAUUACUACGAGACACCCACUGGGAUUAAGGUUGUCAUGAAUACUGACUUGGGCGUGGGACCCAUCCGAGAUGUGCUGCAUCACAUCUACAGUGCGCUGUAUGUGGAGCUGGUGGUGAAGAACCCCCUGUGCCCGUUGGGCCAAACUGUGCAAAGUGAACUCUUCCGCUCCCGGCUGGACUCCUAUGUCCGCUCUCUGCCCUUCUUCUCGGCCCGGGCUGGCUGAAGGAACCUUCUGGACCCCCACCCCUUGGGAAAACUCGUGUCUGCCUGGGGCCUUUCCUAAUGUGUCACCUGAGAACUGCCUCUGCAAGGGGCCCACCACGGCCCUUUCAGGGCAACAGACUGUGUCCCGGAAGGAAGCCCGCAGAAGCCCCUACACCUCCAAAGCAAGCCCUGUCUCCGGUUUUAUCCCCUUUGCUUCCUGAAGCAGCGAGAGAUACAGAAUAAACUUUUUGUUGCCUCCGUGG